GCGCAGGGGUAAGAUGGCUGCUGAGAAGCAGGUUCCUGGCGGCGGCGGCGGUGGCAGCGGCAGCGGCGGUAGUGGCGGUGGGCGCGGUGCCGGAGGAGAAGAAAAUAAAGAAAACGAACGCCCCUCAGCUGGAUCGAAGGCAAACAAAGAAUUUGGGGAUAGCCUGAGUUUGGAGAUUCUUCAGAUUAUUAAGGAAUCCCAGCAGCAGCAUGGUUUACGGCAUGGAGAUUUUCAGAGGUACAGGGGCUACUGUUCUCGUAGACAAAGACGUCUCCGAAAAACACUCAACUUCAAGAUGGGGAACAGACACAAAUUCACAGGAAAAAAAGUGACUGAAGAUCUUCUGACUGAUAAUAGGUAUAGGAAGAUCGAGCAGGGUGCUGGUGGUUUGGUGUCGGAGCAGUUCUUCCUUUUCAUCCCUUCACAGGCUUACACUGCCUACCUCUCAGGAAUGCUGCGUUUCGAACAUCAGGAGUGGAAAGCUGCCAUUGAGGCUUUUAACAAAUGCAAAACUAUCUACGAGAAGCUAGCCAGUGCUUUCACAGAGGAGCAGGCUAUAUUGUAUAACCAACGUGUAGAAGAGAUCUCGCCCAACAUCCGCUACUGUGCAUAUAAUAUUGGGGACCAGUCAGCUAUCAAUGAACUCAUGCAGAUGAGACUGAGGUCUGGGGGCACUGAGGGUCUCCUUGCUGAAAAAUUGGAGGCAUUGAUCACUCAGACUCGAGCCAAACAGGCAGCUACCAUGAGUGAAGUGGAAUGGAGAGGGAGAACAGUUCCAGUGAAGAUCGACAAAGUGAGGAUCUUUUUAUUGGGAUUGGCUGAUAAUGAAGCAGCCAUUGCCCAGGCUGAAAGUGAGGAAACCAAGGAGCGUCUGUUUGAGUCCAUGCUCAGCGAGUGUCGGGACGCCAUCCAGGCUGUUCGGGAAGACCUCAAGCCAGACCAGAAACAGAGAGAUUACACCCUUGAAGGGGAGUCAGGAAAGGUGUCUAAUCUUCAAUACCUGCACAGCUACCUGACUUACAUCAAGCUGUCGACAGCAAUCAAGCGCAAUGAGAACAUGGCCAAAGGGCUGCAGAAGGCCCUGUUGCAGCAGCAGCCAGAAGAUGACAGCAAGCGCUCCCCCCGGCCCCAGGACCUGAUCCGGCUCUAUGACAUCAUUCUACAGAAUUUGGUGGAAUUGCUCCAGCUUCCUGGCUUAGAGGAGGACAAAGCCUUCCAGAAGGAGAUAGGUCUCAAGACACUGGUGUACAAGGCUUACAGGUGUUUUUUCAUUGCUCAGUCCUACGUGUUGGUGAAGAAGUGGAGUGAAGCCCUUGUCCUGUACGAUAGAGUCCUGAAAUAUGCAAAUGAAGUAAAUUCCGAUGCUGGAGCCUUCAAGAACAGCCUAAAGGACCUGCCUGACGUGCAAGAGCUCAUCUCUCAAGUGCGGUCAGAGAAGUGCUCCCUGCAGGCCGCUGCCAUUCUAGAUACCAACGACUCCCAUCAAACAGAAACUUCCUCCCAAGUCAAGGACAAUAAGCCUCUGGUUGAACGGUUUGAGACAUUUUGCCUGGACCCUUCCCUCGUCACCAAACAAGCCAACCUUGUGCACUUCCCGCCAGGCUUCCAGCCCAUCCCUUGCAAGCCUCUGUUCUUUGACCUGGCCCUCAACCACGUGGCUUUCCCACCCCUUGAGGACAAGUUGGAGCAGAAGACCAAGAGUGGCCUCACUGGAUACAUCAAAGGCAUCUUUGGUUUCAGGAGCUAACCAGGCUCUUCCUCGGGGGAAGGGGGAGAUGCCAACUUUUAAUCUGUAUUGUGAGAAAAUCCCAGCAAGUUCCAUGACAUUAAAUCCAGGUCUGCAUUGGUCCAGGGUGGGAGUUUAACAUCUUCAGCCCUGUGUUCCUACGUCUCGUGUGUGUGUGCACUUACAUUCUUAACCAGUGUGUUAGGAGGGCACCCUGUCGUCUUCUGGUAGGCGUGUUCGGGGUCGUUCUGUCUCCUGCACCUCCUGCGAGAGGGGCCACUGUGAGCCAUGACUGAUUCCCUUCGGUUAGUGAUGCAUUCGGGGGUCCACACCAGGCACAGAUGGGGCCUCGGAACAGUCUGUCAAGUUUCUUCAGUACCAUGGAUUUGAAGCGAACUCAUCCUUGCUGUGAGCAUCCAGAAUCCCUUGAACAGUUUGUCUAUGACGGAAACAUUGGCAACGUCACCCCCAGAAUUACGGUCAGCCUGUAUUCCCCUUCACCUCCAAGCAAAUGCUAAGAAGUUUCAGAACAAGCAGAGAGCUCUAUUUUUAGAAGAAAUAUGUUACACUCAGAAAUGAUGAAACCAAAUCUUAUAUUAAAAGGCAAAGAUGGUGGAGA